GGGGAACUGGCUCUUGCUGCGACCUGGUUUUACCAACCUGUCAGUUGUUAGCGGCUGGACUCGAAGAAUGGUUAAAAAGAGAGUUUGUGUUAUCGGAUGCGGUGCUGCUGGUCUCGCGGCGGCCCGACAUCUCACAGCUUCUCCGCAUCUCUUCGAGUUCGUCGUCUACGAGCAAACCUCACAGAUCGGAGGGACCUGGGUUUACACUGAGCAGGUUGGCAAGGACGAGUAUGGUCUCCCUAUACACACGAGUAUGUACAAGAGUCUCAGGACUAAUUUGCCGAAAGAGAUUAUGGGCUAUCCGGAUUUUCCUAUCCCUGAUGUCCCUGAGGACAGAUCUUACCUGAAAGCCAGUGAAAUCUUAGGUUUCUUGAAUGACUACGCAAAACGAUUUGAUAUCCUACAGCAUGUCAAGUUUCUACAUCAUGUCAAGCUCGUUGAGCCGACAGGAAAUGAUCAGUGGGAAGUCACUGUAAUCGAUCUUCCUAAGCAAGAAGAAAUUACUUCCGUCUUUGAUGCUAUUAUGGUAUGCAAUGGCCAUUAUCAUACACCUAUUUAUCCAGAACUUAAAGGAAUUGAAUCUUUUCCCGGGGAACAAUUGCACAGCCAUGAUUAUAGAGUUCCUGAAAAUUUCUUAGGUAAAAGAGUGGUUGUGAUUGGUGCUGGUCCUUCAGGAAUUGAUUUGUCACUUGAAAUUGCUUCAACAGCUUCUAAAGUAAUCUUAAGCCGUCAUAAAGAUGGAGAUGUGAUAAGAGACGUUUUACCAGAAAAUGCUACAAUGAAGUUUGAAGUAAUUGAAGUUCAGGGAAAACAAAUUAAAUUUGAGGAUGGUUCAACAGAGGAAGUUGACAUGAUAUUUUAUUGUACAGGCUACAAAUACAGUUUUCCAUUUUUAUCUGAGAAAUGUGGUGUUAAGGUAAUAGAAAACUGUGUUCAACCACUGUACAAACACUUAAUCCAUAUAGAAUAUCCCACAUUAUGUUUGAUUGGACUGCCAUUUUAUGUGUGUGCUUUUUCACUUUUUGACCUGCAGGUCAGGUUCUUCUUGAAGAACCUUACUGGAGAGCUCACUCUGCCUAGUAAAAAUCAAAUGAAAGCUGACACGGAGAUGGAAAUGGAUAAACGAAGGAAAAAGGGUUUGAAAACCAAACAGUUUCAUAUGAUGGGUGGAAUGCAAGGGGAUUACUAUGCUGAACUAGCUGUGCUUGGAAAUCUUCACCCAUUACCUCAAGUUUUUGCCGAUCUACAUAAUUUUAGUAGCCAACGUCAAUUAGAUGAUUUAUCUAAAUUUAGAGAAGAUGCUUAUAAAAUUAUAGAUGAUAAAACAUUCAUUAAAGUAAAAUAAUGAGUGAAAAUGUGCACUGAUAGUGCUAGGAUUGUUUAAUUGUAAUUAAAUAUAGAAGUAUAGGUAUAUUAUUAAAUGUCAAAUGUAUAUAAUUAAAAAUUGUAUGUUAUAAAAUAUGUUUCUGUGAAUUUAUACUUGAUUUAAAAUAAAAAUUGUGAUAUAGGAAUAUUGUACUUCUUUAC